AUGUCAAACGAGGUCAUGAGAACAGAUGAGCCCCAUGAAGCUGCUGUCGGCGGUGGUGGUAGUGAGUCGUUGUCGUUUGUGAAGUCGGUUUGUGUUUAUUGCGGGUCGUCUUUUGGGAACGAUCCGAAGUAUGCAGAAGCGGCUCGCGAGUUAGGGGAACUUUUCUACGGACUGAAGUGGAAGGUGGUGUAUGGUGGGGGUACCACGGGACUUAUGGGUGCAAUAGCGCGGUCCACAAUGGGAGCGGAUUGCGAUGGGUAUGUGCAUGGGAUUAUUCCCAAUGCGUUGGUGACGAAGGAGAGGGAUGAGGAGGGCGGUGAUGGCGGCACGCAUGCCGCCGAGUCGAUGAAUACGCGGUUGCACCAGUCAGUAGACAACCAUAAAGGUGUUACUCCCAUCAGCGUGGAAUAUGGCAAGACGACGAUUGUGCCGGACAUGCAUACGCGGAAGUCGAUGAUGGCACGGGAGAGCGACGCGUUUGUGGCAAUGCCAGGGGGGUACGGGACCCUAGAGGAAGUGAUGGAGUGCAUUACAUGGUCGCAGCUGGGCAUUCACCAGAAGCCGGUAGUGAUAUUCAACAUCGACGGGUUCUACGAUCAUUUGUUAGCGUUCAUAGACCAUGCGAUUGGAGAAGGGUUUCUCUCGAGUAAGAACGGGGAGAUUGUGCAGGUUGCUUCUACUCCACGUGAAGUCGUGGAGAAGAUCGAGAACUACCAUGUUCCAGACGGAAGAUUCAACCUAAAGUGGGCUGAUAUGUGA